AGUAACUACUCUUUAGUUCCACUCGAAUUUUGAGCUUGAGCAACCCUGAUAAGUGAUCAGCAAAGCAAAAUGAGUGAAACAUUGAGUGGAAGUGAUCCUCCGGUAUCGACGGAAACACCGCUUAAGAGCGGCAAUGUGUUUGAUGCGAGUAGAAUUGCUGAAGUAAAAUCGUGGCUGACUUCCCAAUUCGAUGCCGUUGGGAAGGAUGUCCCUGCUUUCGAAUACACCGCACGAAGCUUUCGAAACUAGCCGCUGGAAUUGUAUCUAAAGAUUUCCGUCAAAAAGCUGCUGAAUUUAGGUCUCAAGCUGCUAGGAUAAGAGAGAUAUUGGAGAACGUGGGAUUGGGCCAAGAGAGUUUAACCCCAAAUGUGGUUUCCUCAGCACAAGUCCUUGCCAGCAUGUCAAAUUUGUUGAAUAUUAGAGAUACUGAAUUGAGUAGCUUUCUUGUAGCAAUAGCAGAUCUAUCUCUAAGGAAAACAGCAGUUGAAGAGAAGAGGGCCAAAGUGCAGCAGGAAUCCAAAGCUCUUCUUGAUUAUACUCGAAAGGCAAUAUCAAGAUUGACUUAUUUAAAAAGAACACUUGCACAGCUUGAAGAUGACAUUUCUCCCUGUGAAGCACAAAUGGAAAAAUGGAAAACUGGAAAACAAACCUGGCAAUUAUGGAGUCAAAAGAGAGACAAUAUUUUCAGCAGUAUUCUAAUUAUAAGGCGUUGCUCAACCGUGUUGGCUAUACCCCGGAGGUAAGUCAUGGAGUGCUGGUUGAAAUGGCAGAGCACAGAAAGGAUUUAGAGAACAAAACAAAACCCAUUCUUGAUACCUUGAGAAGCUACCAGGACCUGCCCCCUGACAAAGCAUUGGCGGCAUUGGCGAUAGAGGAGAAGAAAAGACAGUAUACUGAUGCAGAGAAGUACCUUGAUGAUAUCUUGCAGUCAGCUCUUGGUUCCUCUGAUUGAAAUUAAAUCAAGUUUCUUCAAAGCAUUAUGCCCGAGUUAGAAGCAAAAGUUAAAGAUAGAUCAUUGUAAAGAAUUUUUCAAGUAAUUUUUUUCAACACAUGCAAAGAGACCUGCCAAUUAACCCAAUUUUGCCGUUUCUACAUACAAAUAUAAAACAAUCUUUUUUCAAAUUUGGAAUAGAUCGGGUCCCAUCAGGCCCUCUACCUGUACUCCUAUCAGGUCGAGUCGGGCAAGUGACUUUCUUGAUUGCAAGCGAAGGUUAUCUCCCAACCACCCGCGGAUACAAACUAUCAUGUUAGGGGACCGGGAGACUUAGAAGUGGUUCUCUUCACCUGAUUUGAAUGUUUCUGAUCUGAUUUUUUUAAGACAUGAUCUGAUCUGAAUUGAUCUGAUAUGAAUAUUUCUGAUCUGGUCUGAUUUGAAUCUUUCUGAUCUGACCUGAAUCCUUUUGAUCUAAUUUGAAUCUUUCUGAUCUGAUUAGAAUAUUUCUAAAAUUAUAAUACUAUGUCAUAAUU